CGAGAUUGUGUUUUCAAUCUGGCAACCCAGUCCGCAAUGAUUUAGGGGCUAGGCUUUUGCAUUCUAGGAGGAUUUGGAGGCAACAGUAACUUUUUGUUAAAUUCGCCAUUUGUGGUUCAUUCCCACCUCCGUGGUCUAUUUUUCACCUCUAUCCAUGCUGUGCCUGACUGCAGGACGACUGGGGACGCUGCUGUCCAGAAGGGCAGUGGCAGCUCUCGGAACCACUACUGCCAGGAUGUGUAGCCAUGUGUCACAGCAGGCUGACAUGUCUCUACCCAUGUACUGGGAUCGUCGGGAUAUCCCACUACCAGACAGACCUUACAAUGAUAGCCUUACUGCAACUGAGAAGACUCUGAAACAGAAGGAGAAAGGACCGUGGAACAUCCUUUCAAACGAGGAGAAACUUGCCUUGUACAGGAUUAUGUUUAAAGACACGUAUGCAGAGAUGAAGAAACCUUCCAGUGAGUGGAAGACUGUGCUAGGGGGACUCUUCUUCUUCAUUGGUUUGACUGGCCUGGUGGUGCUCUGGCAGCGCAUCUAUGUGUAUCCUCAUCCUCCUCAUACGUUUGAUGAAGAGUGGGAGGCUAAGCAGGUGAAGAGGAUGUUGGACAUGCGAGUGAAUCCAGUGCAGGGCUUCUCCGCUAAGUGGGACUAUGAGAAGGGCCAGUGGAAAUAAAUUCAGAGCUGGUAGUUGGAACAGCCUCACCUGUUAAAAGUAUGGUGUCUGUCACCAACCAUCCAUGAAAAGACUAAUCACAAUGAAGCAAUUUAAAAAAAAAAAAAAAAAAAAAAAAAAACCUGAUUAAUUCUUUAAGUGGAAAUGAUGGCGCAAGCCUGUUUUCCUGUCAGUAACUGAGGGUGUGCAAUAAACCAUUUAGUAUGGAAUAAAUUGAGUCUCUUUUGGUCUCCUCCUAAUAUGCAUUCAUUUCAGAACAAUCCUGUUCCAAUCAGCCUUGAUACUGUUCAACCAGAUUGAAUCAUCCCAUCCCCCCCCCCCCCCUUAGCCAGAAAGACACCCCUGUAUGUACAUACACACACACACACACGCGCGGAAUGACCACAAGCACAGAUCUGAUCCUUUCUGAUUUCUCUUUAUUGACUUUUGAUGAUAUCAGACAUUUAAAAAAACUCCUAAGACAUAAAACAUUCAAUUUGGGUGGUGGUGUUUUUUUUAAAUAAACCAAACGCCUUUUAAAAAAAUAGUUUCUUUUUUACUUAUUUUCAUGUGAACUUGAUUAAGUACAAACACAGUGAGUAACAAAACACCUCAAAGAAAUAAUGGAGUUUAAGGCCAUAGGAAAGAACACUAUGUGUUAUAAAUAUUUUCAAGACAUCCAAAAGGCUUUAAAUAUUUUAGCUAUGCUAAUAUGCUACUCUAAAUGUAAUUUAAGUUACCUAGUUUACAUAGUGUCCUGCCAAGGUCAUUUCACUCUGCCAAGCUGUUCUUAUACAUGAGUGCCACAGAACACUCAGCCUUUCUCAUCUGGUAAACACACACGUACACACAGCAUGCAAGCAGCGAAUUUUCUUUGUAUGGAAUGCAUUGUUAUAUCAGUGUCUAUAGAGCAGCUGUAAUAUACAUUUUUUUUUUUAGGCAGUUGAAGAUCCCAGAUCUCUUGAUCUUCUCAGCAUGUAGCUUGGCAUUGUUCAGCUGGGUUUGCAGUAAAAUGUACCUCUUAGUUAUGUUAUUCUUGUCUGAAAGUUUGAUAACAUGAUAUACAUUAAUCCUAUUCAUUUAUUUAGAUAUGCAAAAAAAACCCAAAAAAAACCAACAAACAAACUAGGUAUUUGUAUAUGACUGGAUUUGCAGACUAGUGGAUUUCUAUUUUAGCUAGUCAACUUUUCCCCAGUGAGCUUGUAGUUCACUAGAUCAGGUAUGAAAACAGCAUUCAUUCAUUUCACACCCUAUACAGCGAACCUAUAUAGAAAGUAGGAGGCUCUCUGGGAUUCGGCCCGAGAGAUGUUAUCUCGUGCUCCUUGAAAGCUUUCCUGAAUUCUUCUCAGAUGACAAAAUGAACCCGCUCGCCGAACACCAUUAACUCUUUCCGACUCUUUGAAUAAAAUGCAUUUUGUUGCGAAGUGUGUUUGCUUUUGGUCAGUGUAAGGUGCAGAGCAGCAGGUGGCCUCACUGAGUGACGAGCAGCCUCAGCCGCCAGGACAGCAAAAGCGACUAACUCACAAUUAAACACAGCAGUAAAGACAUAGAGAUGGUAGAUGAGAAUGAGAUAUCGGGGGGAGAGGGUCUGUUGGGCUCAAAGGCCGUUUCAUUCAACCAAAUGACAAGACAAUUUAUAAUUCUAAAAAAUAAAAAAAAGUGUCCCAUAGCAAUCGUUUUAACAAUCCAGAGGUUUGUCUCCGCAGUGGCUACGGCACAUAAUACACCACAUAUGCAUGACUGUAGUAUGUUGACCGACUACUUAAUGCGGUCUCGGAUGGAUGUAGCCGUUGACGUGGAACUGAAUGGGAAUUUUCAUUCCCAGGUGUUGCAGGAGGAAUUUUGAGCCCCCUGAUUGGUUAAUCCAGACACUUUACAUUCCCAGUGCAUCUCCUUGAAAAUGGUCCUUACCUAUGGAAUGAGAAAUGCAAUCUGAAUUUGUGUGCCUUCGUUUGAAUUAUUAAGUGACAUUUUGUAGUUUGCUUACGUGUGUGCAAGGUUUCAAAUUCAAUUUUAUAUUAAUCGGG